AUGUCUUUUUUUUCCAGAGAAAGUGGAAAAAUAACUGUUUACAAUGAUGGCCAAGGGAUCCCUAUAGAAGUGCAUCCGGAGGAAGGCAUCUAUGUUCCUAGCCUCAUUUUCGGCACUUUACUUACUUCUUCUAAUUAUGAUGACUCAGAGUUAAAAGUUGUUGGUGGGAGAAAUGGUUUUGGUGCAAAACUCUGUAAUAUAUUUAGCACUGAAUUCGUUGUUGAGACGUCGUCGUCGAAACUGAAAAAGCGGUUCAAGCAGGUAUGGUUGAAUAAUAUGACUGUGAUGAAUCCACCAAUUGUUAACAGCGACCCGUUAGCGGAGGAUUACACCAGGAUAACUUUUACCCCUGAUCUAGGAAGGUUUAACAUGGUAGCACUUGAUGAAACAAUUUUACAGUUGAUGAAGAAACGCACCGUUGACGUCGCGGGCACACUAGACGGUGUAGAAGUCAGCUUCAAUGGACAAAGCUUUGAGAUUCAUGGGUUUGAAGAUUAUGUAAAAUUGUAUUCUGAUGUUCAAAUGAACAGCCUCACUACUAGUAAAUCUGUUUUCUGCUAUGUAAAUCCACGCUGGAAGAUUGCAGUGGGUUCCAGUGAUUUUGGUUUUGAGCACGUUAGCUUCGUUAACAAUAUCGCUACCACUAAGGGAGGAAGGCAUGUCGAUUAUAUCGCUGAUCAAGUUGUAAGUGCUAUCAAAGCUGAAUUAAUUGAACAAAAUAGAAGUUAUAAGACCAUCAGACCUUCAAUGAUAAAAAGUCGUCUCUUUCUCUUUGUGAACUGCCUCAUUGAGAAUCCUUCUUUUGAUUCGCAGACAAAAGAGUAUUUGACAACGCCUCUUCAAAAAUUCGGUUCAAAAUGCGUUUUACCUCAUGUAUUCGCUUCUCAGAUUGUAAAUGAAACGGAUGUUAUUGCGCUAAUUCUAAAGGACAUAAACAAACAGAAUUCU